ACAGUCUGUAGGAGGUAGUCAGAAAUGAUGAAGGGAGGGGAUGUGAAUUAUAUUUUGCUAGCUUGCUUGCUAGCUAGCUAGCAAUGUUUAUUUUCUGUAAUGUUUGUGAAUAGACUGUAAUGGCUAACUAUCUAUUUAGCUAACUUAAAUGUAUCAUGUUUUACCCAAUGUGGAACUUUCUGAACAUGACAUCAUAGAUACAGUUAAAUAAUUCGUUUAGACAGCUGAGUGCGUUGUAUUCGUGGGUCGUUGAUUUACCAUAAUAGAUGAUUUUGGAGCUGGCAGUGCCCGCAAAUGCAGGCCCUUUGCUUCAUCGCUCCAUCCCGUACAUUGAGCGUAUUUUCCGCGUGAGGGUCAUCUACGGAUCCGCUGAGUCAAACUGCGACAGCGCAAAUGUCAUAGUUCGUGUCGCGGAGGGCGAGGAAGAUGACUGCACCAAGGCAAAAGAUUACAUAGAGUCCUUAACUUUGCCAGCUCAGCGAAAAACAGAGCAUUUAACAUUGGAUCAACACAAACAGCUGGUUGCGCUGAAGUCAGCCAUCGAGUAUGACUCACAGGCUGUAGUGGAGGUGAGGGAGCAUGUGGUGGACAUCUCAGGUGGCGAGAGGAACGUGAUGACGGCAUGGUCAAUGGUGGAGAAGAUCAAAAUGGAGAAACACCCUGGCAGGGAAGAGGCCCAUGAGCUGACGGAAGCCCAGCUACCCAGUGGGGGGUCGGAGGAGGGGAGCAGCUCAGAGUGUGAGUCUGAGCAACAGCAUGACCUGCAGGUGAAGAGUGGCAUCUGUAAGAGGAAGGAGCCUUUCUGUGCCACCAAGCCUCAUCGACAGCUCUGUCGCUCUCCAUGCUUGGACCGACCAAGCUUUUCCCAGAGCAGCACUCUACCAGAGAAUCGUCCUGAUGACAGCAAGACAGCUGCAGUGCUCAAACAUGCCAACGACAAGGAGUACCAAACCAAGAUGGAGUUUGCCUUAAAGCUGGGAUACUCAGGUGAACAAGUGGAGACCGUGCUAAACAAGUUAGGAGCUGCUGCCCUCAUCAAUGAUAUUCUGGCUGAGCUUGUAAGACUUGGAAAUAAAGGAGAGACAGAAGUUCAAGCCGGCAGUAACACAGGCACGUUGGCCUCCCGUGGAGGCUCUUGUGUCAAAGAGGCUGUCAGUCCAGAGGUGUCCCUGGAAGAUGAUUCUGUUGAUCCUUAUGAAAAUCUCAGGCCUAUUGUCAUUGAUGGAUCAAAUGUGGCAAUGAGCCAUGGAAACAAAGAGGUUUUCUCUUGCCUUGGUAUCCAACUGGCUGUUGAUUGGUUUGUGGAGAAAGGACAUAAAGACAUUACAGUGUUCGUUCCUGCCUGGAGGAAAGAACAGUCGCGACCGGAUGCCCCUAUUACAGAUCAAGACAUUUUGCGGAAGUUGGAGAAAGAAAAGAUCCUGGUUUUCACACCAUCUCGGAGGGUCCAAGGAAGGAGAGUGGUUUGCUACGAUGAUCGCUUUAUAGUGAAGCUGGCUUGUGACUCUGAUGGCAUUAUUGUGUCUAAUGACAACUACAGGGACUUACAGAAUGAGAAACCGGAGUGGAAGAAGUUCAUAGAAGAGCGGCUGUUGAUGUACUCAUUUGUCAAUGAUAAAUUCAUGCCACCUGAUGAUCCUUUGGGAAGACACGGUCCAAGUUUAGAGAACUUUCUUCGCAAGCGCCCUGUUGUUCCAGAGCACAAAAAGCAACCUUGUCCAUAUGGGAAAAAAUGCACAUAUGGACAUAAAUGCAAGUACUACCACCCAGAGCGUGCAAACCAGCCCCAGCGAUCAGUAGCUGAUGAACUUCGGGCAUUUGCCAAAUUAUCUGCUGUGAAGACGAUGAGCGAAGGGGCCCUUGCCAAGUGUGGCACAGGACCCCCAACCACUAAGGGGGACAGUGGCUAUGAGGCUAAACGUGUAACCCCAAAGCGCCAGUCUGACCCUAGCAUCCGUUCUGUUGCUUGUGAGCCAGAGGAUAAACUGUCUGCUAUCCGUAAGGCUGAGGCAAAUUCUGUGCCUUCUCUUGUGUCUGCCCUCAGUGUGCCCACCAUGCAGCCUGCAAAGAGCCACGCGGCUGGUGCCUUGAACACACGAUCAGCCAGUAGCCCAGUGCCUGGCUCCCUCAAGUUCACCCACAGCUCCCUGGAGCACAUGUCUAGUGUGCAGUACCCACACCCACCCAUCCUAGUCACCAACAGCCAUGGCGCUUCUGUCACUUACAGUGAACAGUUUCCUAAGUACGAUUCUGUUAGCACGGACCACGGAUACUACUCAAUGCUUAGUGAUUUUUCUAACAUGAGCAUGAGCAGCAUGCACAACGUGGACAGCUUCUGUAGCAUGGAGCAUGAGCAUGGGGUUUAUCAGAGAAAUCCCAGCCAGCAUUGCCCAGAACCCUGCCUCAGCCACUCUAACAGUGACUCCUUCUCAUAUGGGGAAUUGUACAUGAGCUCAGUGGACAGUAGCUUGGAUGAGAGCCUCAAGGGGCAGCAGCAGUCGCCUGCACAGAGCAGACUGCAGGCCUUCUCCCAUGGGGGAUUCCACCACGAGGCCCUGACCAGGGUACAGAGCUAUGGGCCUGAGGAGCUCAAACAGGGUCCAAGCAGGAAGCAGUCCAUAUCCCAUCUGGCACCACAUGUACAGCACCCUGUUGUUGGGGCCAGGUCCAGCUGCCCAGGAGACUACCCCUUACCUCAGAAUGCACUGCCGUCACAGUUGUCGCAGCCAGGACGUUCCCUGGGCAUGACACGCAUGGACAGCAUCUCAGACUCCAGGCUGUACGAGAGUAACCCCAUGAGGCAGAGGAGACCCCCUCUGUGCCGCGAGCAGCACGCCAGCUGGGACCCGCUGCCCUGCGGAAGUGAAUCCUACGGAUACCACUCAUACCCCUUGAGUAACAGCCUGAUGCAGCCAUGUUGUGAGCGGGUCAUGGUCCGCAGCAUGCCUGACAAGAUGGAGCAAAUCUGGAGGUCUCCCUGGGAGAACCCGCCUCAAACCGAGCACCAGGAGCGCCAUGUCAUCCCAGAGCACCAGUACCAAACAUAUCGCAACCUCUGCAACAUCUUCCCCGCUUUUGUGGUGCACUCAGUCAUGGAGAAAAACCCUCAUCUGACAGACCCACAGCAACUUGCUGCCGUUAUUGUCACGAAGCUGAGGUCUUGUCAUUGAGCGUGUUCAGUUUAUUUUAUAAGCUACAAUUGUCUGAAUAGUAUUAGUAUUCUAUAUUUGAAGUUAUUUGUCAUCCAAAGUAUUUCUCAUGAAAUUCAGAAAACCCAAAUCAGUGUUGGUCCUUCGUAGCUCAGUUGGUAGAGCAUGGCGCUUGUAAUGCCAGGGCAGUGAGUUUGAUUCCUGGGAACACCCAUAUUUAAAAUGUAUGCUUGCAUGAAUAUGUCACUUUGAAUUAAAGUGUCAGCUAAAAGGCAUAUUAUUAUGUAAGGGAAAACUGAUUUGUUUUAUUUGAAUUUUAGUCAUCCAUUUGAUUUCACCAUGAUGGAGAUCAUAUUGUGCAUAUCUAACACUGCUGUAAAUAUUAUGUGACUUUGUUUAUUGUGCAACAAUUUGUGGUAAAAGACAGAAAGUAGUGAGUGCAAGCAUACCUCAGAGCAUGAACUUUGACAUUUAAUGGCCUUAUAUCCAAAUGACCUCACUGCUCCAAUCAUUGUUUAACGGGUUUCAAUGAAUAUCCUAUUGUAGUUGAGGUCAGUCUCUUUUGCUUUUUAAAUGUUAAGCACUGUAAGUAGAAUGAUAUAGCCUAUAUUUUCUCAAUCUCAUUUUACAAAGCUACUAUUUUGGUAGAACUUGAGUGCACGUACAUAAGCAAGCCAAACUACAACUGGGAAAGAUUAGAUUUAAAUCACAUGCACAUAACAGCAUAUGACACAUGAAAGCCAUGUAAAACACUUCAGAUUUCAAAGCUGCUGAAAUAAUGCCAAAAAGAUAGGUCAUUGACCUUGUGUCAUAAUAAAGUGAUCAUAGUUUUGAUGGAGACAAUUGAUUGGGUAGUAGUGUAACAUCACAUCAGUGUUUUUAAGACUUUCCUAUUUUGUAUUGUAUGGCUGUUUACCUUAAUGUAACUGUGUUACAUGGACAUCAUUGGAGCACCUGUGUGUAUAUAUCCUUGUCUUGCACCUUUGGACCUGACAUGUGACUUAAUGGCACAGGAUGGCACUUUCAGUGUGUUUAGCGUGACUUAUUUGUAAUUGCUAAAGAACUGGUGACGUCUCCUCGGCAAAAUGCUUUAAAGACAAGCAUCCAUUUCCUUAUUAAUGCUGAGAGACAACCCAUGUAAAUGAACACAUUUAAAGAAAAAGAAAACAUAUCUGAAUGUUAUUUGCCCAGAAGGUUUUUCGGGCUUUGUUGACUUUGUUUUUUCAUGAACUAAGAGCAGGCCAUGUUGGGCCUCUUGUCUCUUCAUGAGAAGGUGUGACACUGCCUAAAUGUUUCUUCCUGUGAAACACUCAGAAUGCGAGGCUGCCGUCAGGGUUGUUUCUGGCAUUUGGCUUACAGUUUGCGUGCCUACCCCCCCCCCCCCUUUUACUUAAGGUUUCAUAAUAAUUCAUCCCCAGAAACAAACUUGAACUAAAUGACAAAAGUAGAAAAACAUUUAUGAAAUAUCAAAUGGAUGACGAUGAUGUCAUUUCUAUAGACUUGUGGAUUAAAUGUUUCUUUUCAGAAAUAUGAUCUGGAAUCAAGGUCUUCGGCCAUGUUCAGUGCAUGUUCAUUUUCAGUAGUCUUAGCAUGUGCUGUAUAUUUCUGAUUUUUUUUUAACCCCCCCCCCCCCCCCCUCAAAGUGCCGCAAAUGACGAAGCCUAAAAUGUCUAGAAAUGACAUUUGUUUGUUGAUACAAAUUGUAUCUUUCUUGAUUGUAGAAUAUAUUUAUGAAAUGUACAGUAUAUUAUUAAAAAUGUUUAAAGAAAAUACAAUGCCAAAAUGUUUGUGACACUGUGUGUCACUGGGAGUAGCCCAUUGGUGUGUACUGUUUCUUACUGGGCACAGUAGGCUAUUUACAGGGGCAUUUAAGUGCUACAUGGAAGUGCACAGAUAACCUGUGUGCAGCUGUAAGCAUUUUGUCCCAUUUGUAUAUACUAUAUGUGUGUAUGUAUACUGAAAUUACCACUCAACGUACAGUUUUAAUGUGCUAUUAAAAUUAAAAUAUUGUGCAGUGUUGUAACCCAAGCAGCUUGGUAAAUAUAUCAAUGUGACCUCUCUAUUACUGUAUUGAUGCAAUCCACUGACAUAUUGAAAAACAUGCUUAGUUAUAUUUUAAUUGCAGAAACUGAAUUGGUUGCAAUGCAAGUCAUAAAUUACUUGGGUUACGACACUGAGGGUUAUUUAUUCAGUGAACAGGAUUUGACCAAAUAAAUACUAUCUUCAACUCUUAGGGUACUGACACAAUACGGUCGAGUGACAACGUGUCAGUAUGAUUAAGUAUUUAUGAACCUGAGGUAUUUGGUAUUACAUUAUUGGAAAAGUGUAUAACCAUUGGAAAUAGAUUUAAUGAAUAACUUUCUUUUUAGGUGACAAGAUCAUAUCUAUUGAUUUGUGGUUUAUUUUUUAAAUCUGUCAUUCUUACCAAUGGCACUUGAUCUAGCCUUAAGUAUUAUAAAGCAUGUGAGUAUACUGGUUUUAAUUCUAAUGUUUCAAAUGAGAAAUGUUAUUUUAGCCAUGAGCCUUUACAACAUGGGCUUGUUUGUGAUGACUGAUUUCAGUCUUCUUUAUCUUGCUAUUGGUGGUCUCAGCAUCUAGGCUUACUGUUUGUUAUUGUUGAAAUUGAACACCGCAGGUAGAGAGUUAAAUACCUACAGAUAUUUUCAGUGUAGAUUAACCUUGAAUCAAUGUUCUAAAUAUACCAGCUCACCUGAAAUGGUACAUUUUCUUAUACACCCACAAUAGGAAUUCUCAGGUACUAUGAGAUUUUCUAUUACUUCAGAAACAAUAUUCUUAACGUGCUCUAUUAUUAUGAAUGAUAAAUGCGCUUAUAUAGUCAGAUUUGUGAAUUAGUGCUGGUCUAAUGUUCUAAAGUUAAGCUGAAUUGUAUUGUAUUGUGGUUUUGCAAUGUAAAGGGGUUAUAAGAGUGAGUUGGCAACUUGGUCAUGUGUUGUGAUGAGCUGCAGUAGUUCUAUGUUGAAUGAUACAAAUUGCUUUUAAGUUGUUUUAAGUAACAAAACAUUAUCUAGAACAAAAACUAUUAACGCUUUGAGUCUGUAGGCUCAAACAAAAUGUAAGUCUCAAUGACAAGUGUUUGUUUCCUCAAAUAAAACCAAACUGUUCAUAUGUUG